AUGAAGUCAGUCAGAAGAUUCGCAGGCCUUGUCACAUUAGGAAUAAUAGCAUCUGUGGUGGUACUUCUGGUCUUAAAAGGUCCGACAACAUUCAAACCUGUAGCGGAGGAUAAUGGCGGGAAAAUUAAAACACCUUCAGCACACACACUUCGGAUCGCACCUGGCUCUCUUCGACACCUUGCCAACGCCACAGCAAGCCAGGGCCAUUCAAGUGAAGAUGAAAACAGAACCUCAACUGUAAAAAUAACACAUUCUAACUCUCCAUCUAGUACGAACACGAGCAACCAACAUGGGAUCGUCGAUAGAUUUGGAAAAGACCAACAGAUCAUUGGAAAAGACCCACAUGGUGGGAUGACGAUCUUGGACACACCGAAUCCCUCUUUGGGUAGACAUGGGGACAACUCAAGCGGGCCAGAGAGGCGUAAUGAAACUAGAUGCAUCCCUCGAAAGAACAUGAUGUACCUUAAAACUCACAAGACCGGGAGCUCUACAUUACAGAAUAUCAUUUAUCGCUAUGGUGAUGCUCAUGGGCUGAAGUUUGCCCUACCAAAAGCAGGUGUAUACCUUGGGACGCCCUCAUUGUUCAGAAGGACGUUUCCCAUCCCGUCACCAACAGGAAAAUACAACAUGCUUGCUAAUCAUGCAAGAUAUAACCGUCAAGAAAUGGCCGAUAUCAUGUACAAGGACGCAGCGUAUGUGACCAUCAUCCGGCAUCCCUCCACCCAGUUUGAAAGUAUGUAUGCCUACUAUGGAUUCAAAGGUACCUUCAAGGUGGACCUUGAAGGGUUUGCGGACAAACCACAGAAUUAUUACCGAAGACAGAGUACUAUUCCUUCACAUAGUGCCCUUAACCCAACACUUUAUGACCUAGGAAUGUCCAAACUGCAGAUGAACAAUGAUGGCGCCAUUCGGAAUAAAAUUGCUACCUUGGAGAAUGAUUUCGAUUUAGUCCUCGUUGCAGAGCACCUUUUGGAAUCGUUAGUUCUCUUGAAGGAGUUAAUGUGCUGGGAUUUGAGCGAUGUGACGUUUUUCUCAGCCAAUGCACGAACGAAAUCACAUGUGGAUAAAAUGUCCAAGAGAACGUUUGACCAACUUUACAAGUGGAACCACGGUGAUGCCCUUCUGUAUGAACACUUUAACCAAACCCUGUGGACGAAGAUAAAGGCGUAUGGCCAGGAAAGAAUGGAUAGAGACGUCAGAUUGUUAGAUAAAAUGAACAAAGCACUAACAGAAAAAUGUCUUGAUGGGACCAAAACUGAAACGAUGGCCUAUGCAUUAAUUCGUCGUUAUGUUUUACGCCAAAGUAUGAAGGACAAUAUUGAGUGCGUUAGAAUGAUUCGACCGGCCAUUCAGUAUCUAGAAUCACUAAAAAAGAAACAAAGGAUAUCGGCUGGGUGAGACGUCUGAAAUUAUGACCAGCAACCCCCUAACCAUCAAUGAGUCGCCCUAAAUGAAUCU